GAGGGUUCGAUGAUAAAAUAAUUUGAGUGUAAAUUUAAACAACGAGUUGCAAAAAAAGCAAAAAUUACGAACCGCAUGACCGGAAAUUUUCUCCCUACGCACUUCCGGUUAUGUUUAUUUAGAAACUUCCAAAUUCUACGAUUUUUUGCUCCAUGGAAUAUUUUCUCUCUAUUCAUUUAUUUAUCUAUUUUAUUAUUGCAUUUCAUUUUUCCCAAUUUUUAUUUCUCUCUUCUAUUUAUACUGGGGGAUUAUUACAAAUUAUCAUGAAAACUGCCCCCUUGUUCGACGAGGUUCAAAGCUUGGUCGGUCGACUAAACUUUUCAUUGUUUUGUUUUUCUAAUUGAUCCCACCCCAAGGGUUACACCACGCGCUAAGGUCAAGAUACAAAACUCUCGCAUUCACGCCGGUAACCCUCGAUUCAUACGCCUAGUUUAAUUUCAAUGUGAUCCAAAUUUGCGGGUGUGAAAUUACACUGAAAACUGAGCAGAAAAAAAAUAAAUCAACAAAUAAAACGAGCGCACGGUUAAUUAGAGGUGCUGAUGUGAUAAAAAAAUCGUCGGCGUUCUGCGUUUACUUAUGUACUCAUAAGUAUACCAGCAUUGAGCGCCCAGGCAUCGGUCGCGCCGCAUCCGAUUUCAUUCGUUGUUCGAAUUAUUGUUCCGAAUCUUUUGUUCAAUUUUACAUCAUUAUAUUUCACACGCAUGUUGAGAGUUUUUUUUUUUUUUUAGCAAUCGGCCAUCGACUUUUCAGAACGGGAUACCUGACGUACCGGUGUACGUCACCAUUUUCAGUUCGAUGGUCAUUGUAUCAUUAUUCCGCGAAGACGAGCUACUUUUCGACAAAAUUUUCAGGCUCAUCCGAAGAAGGUCCAGGCCGUCUCGAACCCAAUGAAACUGGCCUCUCUCUUUUCCCUAUAUUUGGUUCGUCCGUGCAGAUCCAUGCGGUAUUCGCGGCUCAAUUCACGCGUUUCUUACCUCGAACACAGCUAUUGCAAGCGUACGAAUGACAUUCACGUAACUGUCGUCAACGCAUAUUCGCCAACCGCGACGCACAUCGGAGGAGCCGAGCACGUUAGGCAUGUGGGUGGUUUUGACUUGGAUACUGACAAAUUUUACGUUCGAAUUACGUGCGCAAAUGAGAAAAAAAAACACAAAACUACCUCCUCAGCCAAGGCCCCUUAUGUGGAGCGAAUACCUCUGCCUAGAUACACGCGGCUCCAGUUGGCUAAUUCGUAAUUCAUAAUUGUAAUAACGUUCUUCUUUUUUUUUUUUUUUUUUGUUUUCUCUUCGCCGAGAUUCUUCUCCUCUAUUUCUUCUGAUAUACUCUUCAUAAACUUACAUUGCGUAACUGUAUUACUGCGUUAACUUAGUACGAUCAUCAUUUAAACACAUCGUACGUAUUACGUACCACAUCACGGGGAAAGCGUUGUGUAUAUGUUCGCCGCGUAUCGUAUGCACCGCUCGGAUAUCUCCAUAGGUAUAAGCGCGCAUAACUCGGUCUACGAAUACGUGCGACGUGAUUCGGUUUAGCGAUAGCUUUUCGAGCCGUAUCAUUUUCCUCGAAGAUAUAUGAAUCGAACGAACGUGUGCAUCGCCGCCGAUCCGUCCGCGCGAAGUUUCAGAACGAAACUUAAUAAUUAUACGAUUACGGUAAAAGUUGGGAUGAUGCGCGAACUACAUGUUACGUCGAUAUUGCGGACUCGCCGACUCCGCGAGUCUGUUGCCGCCGGACUCCGAUGCGAAAAUAUCGAUCGAUUUUAUUUACAUCGAGCACAUUACAGUUUUUUAAUAAAAACUUGACGGGGACGUGGGAAAAGAGAAUGAAAUAAGAAAGAAGAUUCUUUCCGCACCCUGAAAACGGACGAAUCUGUCUCUCGAUCCGAAUGAAUGGCGGCUCUCUUGACCCACGACAAAGUUCGCUAUCGUAAGGGAGUUCGACGCUGCUUUUGUAAGCACAGUUUACCGAGCUUAGUUCAGUUGGGUCCGGUAUGGCCGAAUUCAAUCCGCUGAGAAGAUUCUAUAGAAAAUACCCUUUUGAAUAUUGAUUCGCGAUCCAAAUCCGGGAUUCGUCUUCUCGUUAUAGAAUAUGAACCGGAUUCUUCUUCGAAAUUUAUUCAACGAAUAAAUGGGAGAGGUUUCGUGGGACUUUUUGAAAUAAUUUUGGCAAGUUUUUCUAAUCAAAAUUUCCUUCUCUGUUUCCUAUAUUUUCACGUGCACGCGGCCGCGAUCGCGAAUAAGCACAUCGACGUGCUUCGAUCCCCUUUCAUCAGAUGUGCGGUAUUUUCAUCACUGCCUGCAAAAUUUAACCUGCAGUGAAGGGAAGAAGAUGCAAGUAGCGUACCGCGUCGGUCGACCGGCCGGCCGAUCCCUCCGCGCGCAUCAUAGCUAAAGUGUAACAAAGAAUCGGACAGCUAUAUAAGCCGGGCGUUGUAUCAUCUUUCCAGUUCACUUGGACUCUUCGUUCAUAAAGCGCAAUAUGAAUCGACUACUUCAGAAAACUAGCGUCCUCGUCGUGCUGGCGUGUUGCUUGGGGGGGAGCGUCUUCGGUGGUCUCCUUCCAGGUGACGGUAAUUCGGGCUACCGGUACAACAGACCGAACGGAGGUCAGAAUCAAGGAGGCUUCGGAGGAUUCGGGAGACCAUUUUCUUCGUACGGUACGCCCGUCCAAGGAGGAGGAUUCGGGGGUAACGAUGGUUCCGGUAACAGAGGAAACGAAUUCGCCGGAGGAUUCGGUGGUUCCGGAGGAAACGGAGCGGGCGUAGGAUUUGCCGGACGCCCGUCUGGAAAUUACGGAACGCCCGGUUUCGGAGGUGGCAAUUUCGGUCUUCAAGGGAACGCCAACGGAGGCAGAUAUCAAGACAAUUCCGGAAAUGGCGGCUACAACUACAACGACGACAACGGCAGACCGAAGCCUUACAGCUUCCAAUACGAAGUGAGGGAUCCCCCGAGCGGCAACGACUACUCGCAGCAGGAGAGCAGCGACGGUAACGCGGUCAGAGGAGAAUACAGGGUAUUGCUGCCCGAUUCGAGAACGCAGAUAGUCAGGUACACCGCCGACGACGCCAGCGGGUACAACGCCGAAGUCCAAUACGAGGGACAGGCCCAGUUCCCUCGUGGGGGAAAUCAGAACGGAGGCUACAAUCUGGGAGGCCCUGAUUUUUCAUCGGGAGGCUUCGGACGCAACGGAGGAUAUUCCGGCGGUGCCGUCGGUAGCGGAGGUGGAAAUGGAUUCGGAGGCGGCAGCGGUGGGAGUCCCAACAACCAAUAUUUGCCGGCAGGUGUUGAUUAUGGCAAAUAAUUACCCCUAUACGAAUGGUUUUUACAAUAUAAACUAUUAUACCACGGUUAUACGUACGUUGUACGUUCAACGAGCUUAGCAAACACACGCCAUAUUACAAAUCUAAU